GUCUGUAGUUAAUGUUGACAACAUGGCGGUUCGAGGCAAACAUUUUUGUGAAGUUCUCCUACUUUUCUUCACGGUUUUCCUUGCGAUUUGCAUAGCAGAGGAGUGUAAAAAGGAUGCCACGUCGUGGUGUAAAUGUACCACUUCAAAGGGAGUUAUAGAUUUGGCGCCCCUUGCAUCGAAAUCAGGAGCAAAAUUUAAAGAUGUUCCUGUCAAAGGCAAGACCAACUUAUAUAGUAUCAACCUGUGUGAACCAUUCAGUGAGGUCGACUCCAAAGGAGUUGGAUGUGAUAAUGUCUUAGGAUGUCAAGUGAUACCUGCACAACCAGGUGGUAGUUUUUCCUAUCACCCUAUUGGUGCGAAAAAAAUACCGUGGGUUGUCGCUGGGACGGUUGAGGAUGGAAACCUGCAAUUCCAGUAUUCUGCAGACUCAGAUACGUUAAGAAAAAUGUUUAUUACCCUGGUAUGUGCCAAUGAAGAAGGCUCAUUAGUGGCAUAUGGUGAGACAGCCACAACUGUCUAUACAUUUAAAUUGAGUACUCGCUACGCCUGUUAUAAUGGAGUCUACCCAUAUCAGGGAAUCAGCACUGGGUCUGUACUGCUCAUUGUAUUCUUCGUGUUAAUCUUGGUUUAUCUCGUGGGUGGAUUCCUCUUCCUAACAUAUGCAAGAGGAGCUACAGGAAUGGAACGUGUGCCUAAUUUCGAAUUCUGGGCCGACUUCCCACAUUUAAUAAAAGAGGGUGCUAUGUUUGUAUUUAGAGGCUGCAAGACGGAGUCAACCUAUGACCAGAUAUGAGGAGUAUUCCUAGGAAACAAGCUGCUGUGAUCUUUUUGAUACACAUUUCUAUUUUUUCAAGGGGCUCGUGAGGGGUUUCACUGGUUAUGUCCAAGGCACAAUGAUGGUGUUGUUGUAAGGGUUUACCUAUUGUGUGCCCCUUGCCCAAUUUGUUUAGUGUACAUGUGAAACAGCUACAAAUAAUCUCAAUUUCCUCAUAAAAUUUAUUGACUUUCGGUCCAAAAUAAAGUUCUUCUCUCAUGAUGUUUUGUUGUUAUCUAGCAGUGCUGACCACAAUAAAACCAUCGCAUGUUAAUUCCCAAUAAACAAAAAACAAUGCAUUUUCCAUCAACUUCAAAAACGUAUUUCAUUAGAUCUGAAUUCCAUGAUAACCUUUUUGAUAUUAGCGAAAUAGUUAGUUUGUUAAAGGAUAUUUUUGUGUGUUUAUUUGUAAAGUCUCUUGUUCAGGAUAACAACGUAACUACUGUUAUUGUCUUUAUUAAUUUAUGGUUAUGGUAAUACAUGAACUUGUAUGUGCUUUAUGGCAAUUUGUUUAACUGCUGCCCUCAAAAAAAAUAGGGAAAUAAAAGGUCUGAGCAAUGUUUUUAUUGGAGUACAAGUAAGAAUUUUGGGAAAGUGUUGAUAAAAAACCACUGAAUGAUUUAUGAUUUCUUUGCAAACUUGAUUUUGGUCACAGCUGUAAAGUGACUUGUCCAAGAUCUUACACAAAUUGCAUUUUACCUGAUCCAUUUGAGUUAACUAUUUCCUCCAUGGUUUGGUUAUAUUCUGAUAAUCCUUAACUUCCCAUUCGCGUAUUCCAAAUGUCCUCCACACAAAGCUAUUCCAAAUCUUGUUUUAGUUUUCACAUGACUUGUGUGAGCUUGUUAUAAUGUUGUUAUCAUACACUAUCUUUCUGGGCUGAUUAUGUCAACAUGUUCAAAUGAAAUCCUGGUUUCUUGUCGUUUUCUUAGAGAUAAGAGCGUAUGGGAUCCUUUUAUGGAUGAGCGCAAAGUUGGCAUUUUGCCAUCUGUUACAGUUGACCCUAAAAUUGAAUUUGAUGUUUGAUUGGCAAUAACUCACUUUAGUUGGGAGUUCCUAAGAUAAUGCAGCUUGAUUUCCACCGUAGUGCAGGCCUGUGCAUUUAUACAUUUUUCAUACACUCACUCACUCCUGCAACUUGACAUUUCAAUGUCAACUGCCCCCACAUCCCUCCAGGCAUGAAGGUCCUGAGCCAUCUGUUAAGUGUUUCGAACUUAAGUGUCAACCUUAUUUUGCCGUUACCAGACCUGGAGAAAGCUACAGUAUCGUUAAUAAUGUUAUGACCUGGAAGUUCAAUAUUUACAAAAAUAAAAAAUGGCACUUUGUGACCUUUUUGCAUUUGCGUCUUUGAUUUUCUUUCUGGAGUCUCCUCUGAGGACUUGGACACCAAAUAUUAGUUCACGUGUCCUCUUAGCCUUUGUAACAAUGUUAUCUGCUGUUGUAGGCUAUUCAGAGAUUAUUUCAAGUGUUUUGUUGUACACAAAUAGGUUGUGCAGUAUGACAUCUAAUCUGUGUUAUUGGCAUGUGACCGAGGAAAUCGUUUUCUAGGCCUGGAGGAUUUUUACCCCAAAUCCUAAAACACAUUGUCAUUUGUGAAAUGUUUCAAGUUUUUGGUAUGCUCGAGCAGUAUUUUGUGUGACAGAUAUAUUUUUAUAACACCCCAGAUGUAAAUAAUGAUAGUCCCUGUAUCUGAUAUGUUACAAAGAAGGGUCAGGUUGUAUUGCUUGUAAAAAGCCUUUUUAUGUAGUAUUUUGUCCAUCGUCAUUGUCAUUCCAAGCUUCUAAAUGCAAUCGCUUCUAUAGAAUCAUAGCUGUAUUGUAUAAUGUAAAAAGAUGCUGUCAUUGGUGAACCAGAUGUGUAGUCAUUAGUGAAGGUCUGCACCAGUUUCAAACCAAAUCCUUUAAUCAGGUCAAUGGAAUUUCUGCUGGCGAUCAUAAAUAUGAUAUUCCGUUACCAAAUCACCUUGUGGAUGGCACUAAAGAUAAAGACCUACAUACAAACUUGGUCAGGGAAUGUUGUUUAUAUGUUCAAUGCAUCCCAAUACAACCAUCUAUACAGGAGCUUUGUAUUGAUUAACAUGACUAUCAGCCAGCGAACUUGUGCAUCUCUCCUGUUUUGUAAAUGUUCCAAUUCCAUUGUUUCUUCCAAGGUGUAGGUUGGGUUGUUUUCAAAAAUAGUUGUAAUUAUGAGCUUGUUUUUGGCAAUAGUUCAGAAGUAUGGCGCGUGUCGUGACAAGGGUGUUUCAUUGAUUUAUGUUAUUGGAGAAGUAGGGUCAAGGUGAUAAACAUCGAAUGGUCAACAAACUUAAAAGUGAUUGAAAAUCAUCACAAGAAUCUCAUGAACCUAUACUGUACAAGACUUGGAUGUUACAAGCUCUCAUUGAUCUAUUUUGGGUUUUGUCUAUGUCGCUCUGUGCAAAGAGAAGUAGGAUUAUUACAUGUAUCCAUUUUUGCCAACAAUUGAUUUGGAUAUAUUCUAUAUAAGUUAAUAAACUUUGAUAGUAUAACAUGAAACAAA